AUGGGUCGAACAGGAAUGCUCUCCAGUGCAUCUAAGUCCAAUGACGAGGCUAUUCUUGCCAAGAUAAAGGACCUGCUGAAAGUCUCCCUUCUUGAGGCUGAAUGGUUCCGUAAAGGCUUUGUCCCGCCAUUUGAGGAACGUUUGAACAGUGAGUUAGCCCCAGCUGGUAGUAUUUCCUUCUAUGCAGCAACUUAUUUUGUUGGAAUGGGAGCUGUAGGGAUUAAAGAAUUUGAAUGGCUGAAGAGCGGCCCUAAAAUUGUUAGAGCUGCAUAUAUAAUCGGCCGUCUCCAGUGUGAUAUUGUAUCUCACGAGGAUGAGCAAAAGAGGGGACAUGUUGCCUCUACCGUGGAGUGUUGCAUGAAGGAAUAUGACAUCUCGAAAGAGGAAACAGUUGAAAAGUUUAAGAGAAUUAUGAGUGAUGGAUGGAAGGAUCUGAAUAAGGAGUGCAUGAAGCCAACAGCUGUGUCAUCAAAAGUCCUAAUUACACUUGUCAAUAGUGCGCGCGUAAUAGAAAUUCUCUACAAGGAAAAAGAUGCAGUUACAUGCCCAGAGGCUUUGAAAGAUUACAUCACCAAGCUUAUCAUUCAUCCAAUUCCUAUUUAA